GUCUACACUUAAAAUUUGUCAAAAAAGAGUGAAUAAGACAUUACAUUGAAAUUUUAUCAUAAUGAAAAGAAAUAAUUCAAUGUUAGUGGAGAAGUUUGGUUCUGCUGAUGAUUUUUACAACUUUGCUGGCGAAAGUUCAUCGGACGAAGAAUUUAACAGCUCUGAUGACGAUGAGGUAAAAAUCGACUUUAAAAGAGAUGAUGGAGAAAGUGACAACGACAGUUUUGAGAAAGAGAUGGAAAUGGAGCUGAAUGCGGGAUUUGCUGAUUACAGUAAACAUCUUUUUGGUACAGCACUUCAAACGAUUCAAAACAAUGGUAAAGGUAAUGACACUGGAAAGAACUUAAAUGAUGAAGCAAAGAAGGGAAUUAAAAAUGCAACAUAUGAUGAAAUGUAUUUCAGUUCUGGUGAUGAAGAAGAUGAAAAUAAUGUUGGUGGUUUCUCCUCAAAAUCAAAGGAAAGACGAACUUUGAAAACUGAUGAUGAACUUUUAUAUGAUCCUAAGAUGGAUGAAGAUGAUUUACAAUGGGCAAUGCAACAAAGAAAUGUUGGACAAUCGAAAGAUGUAAAAAACAAAAGCAAUAAAAAAAUGAAGAAAAAUCAUGAUUAUGGAAAGAGAGAUAAACCUUCAACAAGUGAUGCUAUUCUUUCAUGUCCAGCAUGUUUAACCACACUCUGCAUUGACUGUCAGAGGCAUGACACAUACAAAAACCAGUUUCGUGCUAUGUUUGUUAUGAAUUGUAAAGUGUUAUCUCACGAAACUUUGCGUUAUGAAGCAAAGAAACAGAAGAGAAAAGGCACGAAAAAUUUUAGAUCCAAACUCAGAGAUACUGGCAGUUCAUUGGAUGAACAAUCUGAACUCUAUAAUCCUGUUCAAUGUUGUUCUUGCAACACUGAAGUUGCUGUUUUUGAUAAGGAUGAAGUGUAUCAUUUCUUUAAUGUAGUUGAGAGUUUACCAUAACAAGAAAUAUAAAACAAACACAAAAUUGUGACCACUUUUCCUGCGAUAUAUAAUAAAUUGAUAAAAGAAUGUGCUUUAAUUUAUUGCUAUAGCUAAUAAUUGGUGAAUAUCGACUGUGAUUUUUUGUAGCUUUAGCGUUCCUUCAUAAUAAUAUCAAAUAAAUUGAUUUUUAUGGUU